AUGAACUUUCAAUCAAAUUGGUGGCUUCUAAUAGGCACCGUAUUGAGUCAAGUUUGGUUGCUCUCUGCACUUCCCAAGAAAAAAACCUCCUUAAAGCAACGAUGGAGACAGGAAUCGAGGCCAGCCGACAGUGAAAGAGUUAAAAAGGUAGGCAACUUCACGCUGGGAAAGGCACAUAAGAACUUACGGUAAUUAAAUUUCCUCCAAUUCACCGUGAAAAAAAAAAAAAUCUUGCGAAGUUAGCAUGAGAACAACAUUGAAAGGGGUUUUUUAAUUUCAUUAUUUGAUGCCGGGUAAGUUACCAUAUCAGUGGAGGUAUGGUAAAAUUAAAAACUGGGACCAGUCACCAGCCACACUUCAGAGGCGUCGUUACCAAUAAAAGAGGAUUAAUAUUAGAGCGAUGAAAUUCUGCUAGUUGUAUUACUCUCAUUGAAGCCCAAUAUAGGUCAACUGUUCUGUCUAACACUGAAAUUGUUUUAGGUUAAAGCUGCAUCGGCAUCCUUUGCCGUCGAUAUCUAUAUUGUUUAUGUACAGUCACAAUAAUACUUACUAAUUGUGUUUCGAAAUCAAAACAAAUUUACAGAAAUAAUAAUUUACCGGCGUUUGUACUUGGCUUAAACAUUUCCGUGAUCCCAGUUAUAUACUAAAGAGCACUAAAGGGCUGAAGGGUUAAAUAGUUCUGACAGAAGAAUAUUACGGUUAAAUUUUACAAAGAGGUGUGUAUUUAAUUUUUCGAUGAAUGAAAAAAACAUCACUGAUGGGUAAUUAUAUAGCAAUAUUUUCUUCUCAAUCUAGUCAAAGUUAAUGUGGAUCAACCAGUAAAGAUUUGCUUUGGAAGUGAAGCUAUAUUUCGGUCAUAUCUAUUGAGCCCUUGCUUUUCAAAUCACUUUUCUGAAGGCGUCAGUGAUUCCACCAAAGAAACGCUAACUGCACUUUAUAGGUCAACUAUAUAAUUGCAACACCAGUUCUUAUACAUCAUUUUUUAUGCAGUCUGUCGUGGUUGUAAUUUUAAUCUCGUUCUUCGAAUUGUUAGUGAAGGAGACGACUUGUUUUGUCAGUUUUCUUAGGAAAAUGUCCCAAAAUAAACAACAUAGCUUAUAAUCAGAUUUAUUUUCAUACAGGGCCUGCUGCCAUUUCCACAGCUGGAUCCCGAUCAAAUGCCAUCAGUUGCUGACAGUGGAGCACAAAGAGCGCAACCGCGCAUGCUUGCCCCAGGAUAUUAUUCUCAAGAAUGUAAUGCUCACAAACGUUGUGACCCGGGUAAUCCAAUAAUUAUAUGUGCUAGGUUUACUCAGAAUCAUUGUACUCUUUUUUGUUUGUUUGUUUUUUAAGAGCUCCUAACUAUAGCUUGUGCCUGGCUCUGACAGUAACAUGGUGAUUUCUUUCUUGGAGCCUGGAACAGUCUAAAGAGGUCCUAAAGUUUGCUGAAUGUUGUUUAUUAAGAAUCCAGUCUUAAAUAAUGUUGAUGAUUUUAUACAUAUAGAAAGAUGGUAUACAAUAUCAGCAAUGUACAGUUACCCUAUGUUGCGUGCGCCACUCAGUAUUUGUCGAUUUUCCACUCUGCAAAAUAACAGCUUCGUAAGAACCUAUGACACAAAUUUGUACAAGACUGCAGCAUAAGCUACCCAUUUUCGCUUGAAGGAGAAAGACAAAUUCGCUGAUCAAUUUGGCUUUAUUUUUUUUUAGGAAAAUACUGCCACAUGUUUCUAUGCGUUCAUUGUCUAAAGGAAAAUGUUGCGUGCACACAAAAUGGCCAGUGUUGUAAAGGACAGUGUACUUACGGUCGAUGUAAGAAAGACGCGGCCCCAGGGGCACCUGGGACAUUUUGUGACCGACACGAUGAUUGUAAAGAUCCACCAGGAACAUGCUGUGUGAGGUUUGUACAGAAAAUGUUUGAAAUUUUCUGACGUCUGAGAGACAUGGGAACGAAUCAGAGUCAGAAAUUAAUAUUCUGACGGCACGGUUGAGAGGCGCGCCAGGGGUUGUGGGAUAGUUUCGAGCUAUUUAUGGUUUUGGUGAGAGGUUUGUGCCAUUCUACGUUAGCUCAAUCGUCGUGAUCGUUUUCGUUUUAUUGUAUAAAGUUUCUUUUCCGUUGUCUCAUAUCAGGCUUUCGAGUUCAGAAUAACGUGUUUGGGUACUUUAUGUAUUUAUGCAUUUGGUCCUACGCUCUUUUGGAAUUACGUAGUUAUUCUUGCAGUAGUUUAUAACAUAACAACGUAUUUAGCCUUCUAUGUUUUCGCUUGAGCCUUCUCCCUGGGUCUUUGCGCCACUGCAUAAGUAGGGCUAUACGUUUCCACAGCUUUUUUGGCCCCUUCUCAAGGGUGUUUAAGUGGUUUUUCGUGUCUGGCUACAUGUUCUAGCUUAGAAGAUAUGAUAGCGUUUUGCUAUAGCUAUGGUAUUGAAAUAACUUAACUAGGAUACGUUUUCAUCAGAUGACUAACCAACUUAUCCUAAAUAAACUUUUCAUUUAAUGCCUCGUGUUAGUGAAGUCAGAAUCUCAAUCUUCAAUGCAAUCGUAAAUGUACAGUGAAACCUCUAUUCAGAAGACAAAUAACUAGGGACCAAGGCAAGAGUCCCCUGAAUAGAGGUCUCCCAUGAAUGGAGGUUGGGCUGUAAAGUUUGUUACUAAUGAACCAAACAAACAAAUUAUUUUUUCCUUUAUUCUGCCUCGGAAUCUGCUACAGUCAUUAUUUUAAGCAGCUAGAUAAUGUCUAAAACAAUCGCGAUAAAAUUAUCUCUACGAUGUUGUGUGUUGAUUCCACAAGUGCAAUGCAUCGGUUUAAGUGAGAUUGUUCAUCUUUUGAAAGCUGUCGCCACAUUUUGUGACUAGUAAACAUUUAUAUUUAUCAAUGUGUACACUUAAAGUUAAAUUUAGGUGUCCCUUGAUUGGAGGUUAAACUUGGUUUUAAGUGUCCCUUUUCUUGAAUAGUGAGACUCAAUCUUGUAGUGUCCCCUAAAUAGAGGUGUCCCAAAAGAAAGGUUGCACUGUAUGAAUUUUUUUUCGGUGAGAAGGUAGACCAAGUUGCUAUAAAGUUUUGAGAUUGAGCCCUUUUGUAACAUUAACUUAAAAUGACCUUUCUAGUUAAAAAUUAGGUUUAGAACGGUUUCAUAAUUAUUAUAAUGAUUGUGUUUUCUUUCUUCUCUUCUAUCGGAAAACCGAGGAAAUCUACCAUAAGCCUGCGGUUAGCAUAUCUCAUUUCACCACACUUUCACAAAUCCCUGUUUUGUCAGUAACUGGAAUUUGAAUAAUUAUGUAAUUAUAUGAUUUUUUUUUCAAUGAUAAUGGUGACAUUUAUUUUUCUGUGAACAUCUUUUUCUCGUAGAGAACCAGCUAUAAACCCUCAUAUUUCGGUUUGCAAACCUCCUUUGGAGGAAAACAUGGUAUGUGGGCCAAUCAAUUACUUCAAAAACGUCUACAUCGGAGCUCAAGUUCAACAAGCGUGUGGGCCAUGCAAGGCGGGACUGGUUUGUAAACAAGUUGGGUAAGUUUUUUUCCUUUUUUUGCUUUUCUUUGCUUUGUUUUAGAAAACAAAAAUCUUCAAACGCGCCGCAAGUGGCCUGUUCCAGGCGUUCAUGGUAGGUGAGGAGCGAGGUAAAUCCUACGCGGGGAAAACGAGGGGAAAAACGAGGGAAAUCUGAACGCCUGGAACAAGCUGCGCCACAAGUUUCCAAAAAUUUUAAACGAUGACAGGAGCCCAUCAGGAGGAGCCUCCAUAAACACUGUAUUCUUGAGUCUGGCUUUGCUCGUAUCUUUUUAUUUUUAGAACAGUCUCAAGUUUCGAUUUCCCGCGUGUUUUCGCCUGCGUCCGCACGUGAAACAAAAAAAAAUGGCGGCGAAAGCGAAAGGAAGCUGAUCUCCUUUUCGAGUAAACCCUUUUUCCUACAUUCUUGCAAGUUCGGUCCACUAUUACUCAUUUCCAGCCGAGAAAACCUGGUAACCUUUAAUUAAUGUUAAUAAAUAACUUCCCUGAACUUCAGCUUUGGAUUUUUUUCUUUUUUCGAUACGAGCCAUCUUGAUCAGGCACUGUUAUAGCUUCAGAUGAACAGCCCUUAGUAAUGCAAUCAAUCAAUCAAUCAAUCAAUCAAUCAAUCAAUCAAUCAAUCAAUCAAUCAAUCAAUCAAUCAAUCAAGCAAUCAAUAAUCAUAUCUUGUUUUCAAUUCGGAUUUUAGAAUAGCAUUUCUGAUAGCAUCUCCGAAAGAGAAAUAAUUAUAAAUAAAAUGAAAUGAAAAUAGAAAUAGUACUAUUAAAUUACAUGCCAUAUAGACAUCAGUUACACACCUAUGUAAUACAUACAACUAUUUUUUAAAAGUUAACUGCUUUAUACAUCGUUUGAAAGUAUUCAGAUCAGGAGGGCGUCUCGUUUCAUCGGGCAGAAAAUUCUGGGUGGAAAUAGCUAAGUACUGAAAAGUGUUUAGUCCAAAAGUAGUAGUGGCCAUUUUCCGCACAAGGUUUAGAGAAAUGGGGGACUCUGGGUGAUGGGCUCCCGAAGAUGUCCAUCAUGAUAACCUGGAACAGCCGACAUUUCGCGACGUCAUCAACGGUUUUCCGCGAAAUGACGCCUGAGCAACAAACGCAGAAUUUUUACACUGAUGACGCAGCGCUAAGUAGAUCUGGGUUCAUAAUGUUUCUAAAUUGGUUGAAGCAAAUUUGCAACCAAUCAGAAGCACUUUGUUGCUGGUCCCUUGGACAUGAAAAUGUUAUAUCGAGGUUCCGCCUAAGUCCCCGUGUUUUUAAGAUUUAUCAGUGAGAGUGGACCGUCUUUGCGCUUGCCGAGUGGCGAGUCAGACCAAUAUGCUACAUGAAUGUAACCUAACUCUGGUAUCUCUUUCAUUAAAACGCACUAAUAUAAGAAUACUUUGUACUGGAAUGUGAAUAAUAUUUAUUUUUGUGUUGCUUUUGUUUUUUUCUCGUAGAAUAUUUGGUGUACAUGAGAUUUGUGUAAAGGAAGAUGACAAGAAAUGAUGUGAAGAAGACGGGACAUCGUUUGUCCUUUAAUGUGUACAGAGAAGCCAAUCUAUCAGUCUCAGUAAUUUGCGUCCUUUGUCGGAAUUCACGGCUUAGAAGACUAAACCGACAAGUAGUUUUACAUCUGAGAAUGUAAGAACAUAUCUGAAAUAACUGUAUGGCCAACUGUAUAAAUCUUUAAAUGCUAUAUACAAAGAUUGGUAGGCUGAAGAAAAAGCAGAAUCAGUGAAG